AAAUACUUUAGAAAUAAGAAAUCAUAAAAAAUCACUUAAUUAAACUCUGAAACUCCAUAUUCAAACUCUGAAUCUAUUUCCAGAAUUCUCCAAUUCUUCCAAAGCCCUAACAAUUGAAAACCACCACAUUGCCCAAAUUCGAAAUUGCGAUUGCAGUUUGUUCUUUCUCGCUUCGAACAGACAUAUGGAGAAGCUUAUGGGAGUCGAACUUUGGCACUAGAGUCACGCGUGGGGGAGUUGAACGGUGACCGGAAUAGAUUUUAGGGUACGCGUGUAAAGUGAUUAAAAAUCGUGUUGGUUGUCUACCUCUUGCUAUUUCGUCGUUCACAGGGUAUGGGAAUCAGUAAAACAGAAGUAAACUUAAGGAGGUUGCUUGCAGCUGCCCCUCAACAGCAAAACCAGGCAAAACUGGUGCAUUAUGUUGCUACUUUACGUGAACAAUUGGAGCAAUUGGGUGAAGAAAAGACACCAGAGGGCUUACCAAGGAUUUCAAAGGCUACGUUGAAUGAAUACUCAGAGAAGGUUGAAGCCAUUGCUUCCAAAUUGGUUAACCAUGUGACUGACCCACAAGUAUCCGAGAAGGUUGUUGAAAGGAGUUUUGUUAAAGAAAACUCUUCUGAAAUUGAGGAAAAAAAGCAGAUACCCCUUUCUUCUGGGUUGAGAAGAAGACCUGUACCCACAUCAAAUACAGAAGAUAAAGCACACGAGCUUGCUGAGACUGACAAUACAUCUGUCAAACUGGAUGCUGGUGCACACGCACACAUUGAAAAGCACAGAAUGCUUCAAGAAGAUUUGACUGAUGAGAUGGUGGUGUUGGCAAAACAACUCAAAGAGGGUAGUCUCAUGAUGAGCCAGUCCCUGCAAAAUACUGAAAAGAUUCUUGAUUCUACGGAGAAGGCUAUUGAGCAUAGUUUGGCAAGCACCGGUCGUGCCAAUGUGCGAGCAACGGCAAUCUACUCCGAGAGUUCCAAGACUUCUUGCUUAACAUGGCUUAUGAUGUUUGUGAUGACGGUUGUAUUUGUCAUGGUUAUUCUUCUAAUCCGUAUAACAUAGUGUACUUCUGUUCACGGGUAAAACAAAUAAUUCCCAAUAUGACUUCCUAUAAUGUACAUUUUUAAUUUCCGGUCACUCACAGUUAAUCUUGAAAAUGUUGACAUUGAUUAAAA